CAAAGAUACGACGUUGCAUAUAAACGCGCGGGCUACGCAGUACCGUAGAUUACAACGACACCAGCAACGGUUCAGUCGAAGAUGUUGCCACACGCGGUGCUGACGCUGUUGUUGAUGGUCAUUCCGGCGGUCGUUGGACAUUGUUCGAACAACGACGUUAUACUAUUUGUCACAGAAAAUGACGCCGUCGCCGAGGCCUGUGAAAUCAAGGCGUCGGACUUGAGUAAGGAAGGUGCCAGUAAAUCAACGCAAUGUGACGUCACGUGCAAGUGUAAGAAAGGAGUCACAAGCUGCUGUCACGGAACGCAAUGCGUCGAUGUUGAAAACGCGUGUGACGUCGUCUACAAAGUUGAAAGGCAGCAACUGCUGUGUGUAGAUGACGUGGAGGGUGUCGUCACAAGUCCCAACCAAGGCAGCAGGAAGAAACGAAGUGCUGGCGACAUCUCCCAAAUAACGCGUCUGCUGUUGCUUUCACUGAACAAACGAGACGUUGCUGACGAGGAAACUACUACGCCAGAAUUGUUCUCCGAUGACGGUGGGCUAACCGAAGCACCACCAACGACGCUACCUACGCGACCAACAACCACGCCAAAAAAAAAAAUUGUUUAAAAAUCGAAAGCAAAUAAAGAUUACAUUAUGAAA